CUCCAAAGUGUCAGAGAUGCACAGUCCAUCUUUGGUUGCCACAAGAGGUGCGCAUUGGCAACAUGCCCAACAGACAACGAGGCGGCAUUUGAUUCAGCUGAAGCAAGGCACGGGCGCCGUUUUGCGAUUUCGUGGCUGCUCCUUCGGCGCCGAGCUCGGCAUUUCGGCUGCCGUUUGGGCGAAACCCUGAUCGCUUUGAGAGAAGGAGCGAUCGGAUGAGCGAGCCGGCAGGCCGCAGCAGCUUCGCUCAUUGGUGGCGACCCGCGUAAAGACGCGCAGGGCGUCGCCGUUCAGACUGACGUGCUCGUCGUUGCCUCUGAUGCUCAUCACCCGUCGUGACCGUGACCGUCUUCACACUGUCACACCGUCUGUGCUCUUUCGUUGCGAGCACUAUAAAACAUCAACAAACCCCUCCCCGCUUUGCCCGCCCGGUUGGCAGCAAUUCGGCAAACUCGCUCUUCCCCUCCUCUGUCCUCCCAUACCUGAAGCGUAAACUCAACAAGUCAGAACUACAAAAACGGACGACGUGACGCAAAAUCCGCCACCAACGUAAAAACGGUCUGCAUCUCGGCAUAAAGCGACCCCGCCAUCGGGCUGAAUGAGAGGACAUGGCAGCCAUGAGCACUACGACAGCGACAGCGACCCCGACGUAGACGCGCUCCUCGAAUUCCCGAGCGAGCCAGCGGCCGCAAGUACACGAGGCAAUGGCCCGUACCUUGCUGCCGUAGCGGAGAGCGACGACGCUGCCAUCCGGGACCCUCCGACUGCCCAGCCAUCUCAACAGAAAGAUGCCCGCAGCAAAGAACCAGUGGCGUGGAGCGAUCUGCCCCGGAAGGACCAGCUGGUCAUCAUCACGCUGGCUCGUAUGAGUGAGCCCCUUGUGCAGACCUCGUUGCAGUCGUACAUGUUCUACCAACUCAAGUGGUUCGACCCGUCCCUUCCCGAUGCGACCAUCUCGAGCCAGGCCGGUGUUCUGCACGCUAGUUUCAUGGCCGCGCAGUGUCUCACGGCCAUGCUUUGGGGCCGCGUGGCCGACUCGCACCGCGCUGGCCGCAAGACGGUCUUGCUGGUAGGCUUACUGGGCACGAGCGUGUCGUGCUUGGGUUUUGGCUUCUCCACCACGUUCUGGCAGGCGCUGGUGUUUCGAACGCUGGGCGGCAUGACCAACGGUAACAUCGGCGUUAUGCGGACCAUGAUCAGCGAGGUAAUUCGCGAAAAGAGGUUCCAAGCUCGGGCCUUUCUCCUCCUGCCCAUGACCUUCAACAUCGGAGUCAUCAUCGGGCCAAUCCUUGGCGGCAUCCUCUCCGAUCCCGCAGGUAGCUAUCCCGAUGUCUUCGGCAGAGUACCCUUUUUCGUCAAGUUCCCCUAUGCCGCACCCAAUAUCCUCUCGUCCUUCUUUCUCCUGUGUGCCGCCGCUGCGGUGUGGCUCGGCCUUGAGGAAACACUCGACUCCCUCCGCGAUGGCACGCCAGAUUUUGGUUCCCGACUGGGCCAGAAGCUCACGAGGAUCGUCAAGGGGAGGUUCAAGAGGGAAGGAAGAGGCGGGGAGUAUCAGAGACUCCUUUCCGACGAUGUUGAGCUCGACGGCGAGGAAGCCGUCGUCAAACCCCCCGUCAAGCGCUACACGCAGCGCCUCGCAUUCCGCCGCAUCUUCACCCACAACGUCGCCCUGACGCUGUUUGCACAGUUCUUCCUGAACUUCCACGUCGGGACGUUCAACUCUCUGUGGUUCGUGUUUCUGUCAACACCAGUAUGGGAUCCCGCAACGUCGAGCCACAGCCCCCGGCUGCCCUUUUUCUUCACGGGUGGCAUCGGCCUACACCCGCGGUCAGUUGGCAUCGCCAUGGCCAUCCUGGGCGCCAUCGGCAUCACGAUGCAGCUGUUCCUCUAUCCACGAAUAUCGGCGCGCCUGGGCACCCUCAAGUCGUGGCGGUACUUCUUGCUCUGCUUCCCACUUACCUACUUCUUCGUGCCGUACCUGUCCGUCGUCCCCAGCACCACGGCGCCGCCGUCGGCCAAGACCGGCCCGGCCAUCUGGUUCGCCAUCAUCGGACUGCUGUUCAUACAGGUGACUGGACGGACGUUUGCGCUCCCCAGCCAGGUCAUCCUCGUCAACAACUGCUCUCCGCAUCCUAGCGUCCUGGGCACCGUCCACGGCAUAUCUCAGAGCGUGAGCAGCGCGGCGAGGACUAUAGGCCCCAUGGUGGGCGGCGUGGUGUAUGGCUUCGGGCUCAGCCACGGCAUCGUCGGGCUCGUCUUCUGGAUGCUCACUUGCGUCGCCGUGUGUGCGUGUCUGGCAAGCAGGCUGGUCAAGGAAGGAGACGGGCAUGAGAUUUGGCUCGAGGGCGACGAAGAGGAAGAAAUGCCCGCCGGGGCACGUGGCUAGACGAGAGGGCGCGUUCACACACGGACAGACCCUCGAGGGACAUAUUCUUUUUAGAGACAUGGACUUUCAGGCCUGGCUUACAUGUACACUGACAUUAACGCCUAGAUUGACCCAAAGACAGACACAGUAUAGUACAAGACAUAUCGCGUGCGCGCUCCCCGCUGUGAA